AAAAGAAGAUUAAACUAGUGAUUCAGGUCAUUGUUGUCUGAGUAGUGUAACAGCACAGUCACAUUUCCUUGCCCCAAAUCGAUAGCCAUGAAUUCUCUUCUUGCAAGCUCGCAUGCUUCUUCUCCAUUGCUCCCUCUCUUCCGACACUCUUCCAAAACUUUCAGACAACUCCAUUUCCAUUCUCUUUUCGUCUCUUCCAACACCAAUUUUUCUUCCAUGGUUGUCACACGUUGCUCCUCUGCGCCGUCACACAGUGGAUCCAACCCAUCUCAACAACCUCUUCUCAACGACCAAACCUUCCACACCCAAGUAACAACCCCUCAAACUCCUUCGUUUCUUUCGCCCUUACCCAAACUCACUUCUUCUGACCAAGCCUUCUUUCUCCUCGCAUUCAUCGCUUCUACGACCUCAGUGGCAUUCGCUAGCUUUGUUGCUGCUGCUGUUCCCGCCCUGUUUGCGAUAAGAAAUGCUGCAAUAUCCCUUUCAAAGCUGGCUGAUACAGCUCGUGAGGAGCUCCCUAGUACCAUGACUGCUAUUAGGCUUUCUGGGAUGGAAAUAAGUGAUCUAACUCUAGAACUAAGUGAUCUAAGCCAGGAAGUAGCAGACGGAGUCAACGCGUCAGCUCAAGUUGUGCAAGCAGCAGAAGCUAAACUCCGACAAUUUAGUUCAAUGGCACGACAACAAACCGAGUCCAUGAUCCAAGAGAGGGCGAGUUUGCCCAUAAUUUCUUUGCAACCUGCUGUUGCUGGAGCUGCUAGAAAGACUACUAGAGCAGUUGGCCGAGCCACAAAGAGCUUGUUCAAUAUCAUUUCAGGAAGGCAAGGCACAACAGAAUAUGAUGAUGAAGGAGCUUACGACUGAGAAAUCUGGUUAGUUCAACUGAAAUGUUUCUACUGUGUGAAUAUAGUGUAGGAGGAGGAUACUGUAAAUUAAACCUGAGAACUAUGUGAACAAUUGACAUCUUCUGUCGUGAUAUUUAGGCAUGUCCUUGUUGAACACUGCUUACCAAUACUAGUAUUACUACAUAAACGUGCACUUAUAAUUGCACUCAGUUGGCAUUUACAAACGCCAUGCAGUACAAAUUGUCUUGCUGUGGACCAA